AUGUUAAGAAGAGAUAGUACAUAAAGUAAAUAAUCUAUAGAAGAUGAAAAUUAAUAAAGGAUUGAGAGUGAGAUCUUUAAAUUAACACAUAUAUUAAGUAUGGAAUCAUAAGAGAGAACUUUAAUGUAAUUGAAUUAUGUAGCAAGAAGAUUAGAAAGAUCAUUUAUAUAUUUUAAGUAAUAGAUAGACAUCAUGAUAGAAAAUUGAAAUCUUAAUUGAGAGAGGACAUACUCAUUAAAUUAAUAAAGUCAUUAUUUAUUGAGAGAUUCAAAUAAUAUGAGGUAGUCUUUAAUUAAGGAGAAACUGGACGAAAAAUGUAUUUUAUUUUAGAAGGUGAAAUAUCAAUCAUUGUUAAGAAUUAGGAUCAUAUUGACAAUUACAACUCUCAAAAUAAAUGUAAUCAUACAUUUGGAAGUAAAUUGAAAAAAUUUGAAGAUGUAUUAGCUAUUCGUUAUCCAAAUUUUAGAUAAGUGGCUAUUAAAAAGUAGUUUGAUUAUUUUGGAGAAAUAGCUAUAGAAUAACGUAUACCUAGAACAGCUACAGUUAUUGCUAAAGAAAAAUCUAUUUUAGCUGUCUUAACUUAUGAAUCUUAUUAAAAACUUUUAAGAGAUAUUAAUUAAGAAGCUAUUACUAUAAGAUCAGAACUUAUUGCUUAAAUAUAUCCUUUUGAUUAAUUAAAUGAAACCUCGUUAUAAUAAUUAUUACAUGAUUAUGAAGAAAUUAAUUUAAAUGGAGGAGCUGUAUUAUUUAAAAGAAUGCAAAAAGCUGAUUGUCUAUAUUUAAUUAUCUCAGGAGAAGUUUUAGUAUAAAAAUGGGAAAUUAAUAAAUAUUAAGAUCAAAUUGAUGAAUCAAAUAUUCUAGAUAAUAAUAUUAUAAAUAAAUCAACUAAAACUUUAGUUAAUUUAGGAGUUUUUGGUAGAGGAUAAAUGAUUGGAGAUUUUGAAUAAUUUUUAUAAUUAAAAUACUAAAAUACAUUAUUAAGAUGUACUUAAGGAAUUGUGUAAAAUGAAACUAAAAUCUUUAGAAUUUGGUAGACUUAAUUUAAUGAAAUUAUCAAACAUACAUUAGGUCUGAAUUGGUAUGAAAAUUAUUUAAAUGAAAAAUAUUAAUACAAAUAGAAUUAAAGUAUUCCCAAAAUUAAAAUUACCAAUAGAACUGUUAGAACAUAAUCAAAUGUUACUAUUUUAAAUGGAUUCAAAGAUCCUUCAAAUAUUAAAAUAUCAAGUGAUAGAUAUAAAGUAUUUCAAAAUGUUGAUGAAAUAUUACCAGUUGCUCCUAAAUAAUCUCCUUAAAGAAAAUUAUAAUUCACUAUUGAUUAUAAAGAUAAAAAUAAUCUUAAAUAUUAUAAUGCUGUUACUAAUAACAUAUAAAAUAAACCUUAAUUAAAUACUAAUUAAAAUUUCUCAAUGAAAUUAUUUGCAAAUUCAUUAAAACAAAGGAUCUUAGAUUAAAAAAAUGAAGAAUAUUGUUUAAAUUUCGGAUAUACUAAAUAUUUAAAAACUGAACCCUCUACCGAAUAAAAUGUUCCUACUUGCAAUACAAUCUUGCUCUCUCCUAGAUAUGCUAAAUUCAUUAAAAAAGAAACUAGUUUCCAUAGAUUUAAAUCUUGA